UCAAAGAAGAAAAGUCAAUCUUCGAGGCAAAAAUAUCAAAUUUAUUUCAUUUGUACUGAAAUGAAAUAAGACACAACCGAGUGAAAUUUGUGUGAAGUGAAGUGACAAUUUAGACAAGUGGAUUGUUCGGCUCUGUUGGUCCCCAGCAAAAUCAGUGCAAACGUAUUAAAAAUCGAACGAAAAUGUCCUCCGAACACAGUGGAGCUGAUGGAAAGGAAUAUAAUGCACAAGCCAUGGACGCUGGCGGUGGUGAUUUUGACUCAGAUUCAGGCCAACCAAACCAGCAGACCGAACAGGAGCUGGCAACUAAGAUGCUGCAGAUUCAAUCGAAGCGAUUCUAUCUGGAUGUAAAGCAAAAUCGACGUGGACGUUUCAUAAGAGUUGCUGAGAUCGGUGCCGAUGGACGCCGAAGUCAAAUUUUCUUGGCGUUAUCGACUGCAGCCGAUUUCCGGGACCAUUUGUCGACAUUCAGCGACUAUUAUGCUUCCUUGGGUCCACCAAACCCCGACAACGUACCUGAGGAUGGUAAAUUGAAGUCGGAAAUGAUGAUCAAGGAUAAUCGCCGUUACUAUUUGGACUUGAAGGAAAAUGCUAGAGGACGUUUCUUGCGAGUAUCACAAACAAUUACUCGUGGCGGUCCACGCUCCCAAAUUGCGAUUCCGGCUCAAGGAAUGAUCGAAUUUCGUGAUGCUUUAACCGACUUGUUAGAGGAGUUUGGAACAAAUGAUGGAGGUUUCAAAGGCGAAUUACCAGAAGGACGUCACAUGCGAGUUGACAACAAGAACUUCUAUUUCGACGUUGGUCAAAAUAAUCGUGGAAUUUACAUGAGAAUCAGUGAGGUCAAGAGUAAUUUCCGCAAUGCAAUAACAAUACCCGAAAAAUGUUGGUCAAGAUUUCGUGACAUUCUCACUGAUUAUUGCGAAAAAAUGAAAAAAUCGUCCGAAACAGUAACCACUGCCGAAAAUAAUUUACAACAACAUCAACAAGCUGCAAACAGUUUAAAGUAGAUCAUUACAACAAAUAAUUAAAAAAAAAAAUGAAAAAAUAAUAAUUUAAAUUUAAUAAUGAGUGACACACGAUUUAAUACACAUCAGAAACACACCCAAAAAAAAUGUUGAAUGUUUAACGAAAAAAAAACGUUUGUUUGAAAAUCGUACUAAACAAAAUUUUGUGUAACACCAUUAUUAUUAAAGAAAAAUUAUUAUUACUCUUCACAUAACUAAUUACUAAACUACUGUUCAAAAAAAAAAGAAA